AUGUUUUCCCCCGGUGCCCGCAGGACUCUGUCUCCUUCUAAUCUCAAAGCGAGGUCACCGGCCCGGGCCGGCCUUUGGCUCCCUUCCAAGUCCAUGCCUCACCUGCCCAGUGCUCCCCGGCCUGCGUCCUCCCUGCCGCCCUGCUCAGGCAAAGAGCCUUCUGCUCAGGCCCACUCCUCCGCUCCUGGCAACAUCUGCCCUUUCAAUAGAGAAGGGAAGGCGGAGCCUGAGAAAAAAGACCCGGAGAAGAAAGUAGCCAGUGAGCCCCCAAUAAAGGGCAGGGCGCCAUUAGUGAAGGUGGAGGAGGUCACAGUGGAAGAGGGGACAGCCGCGAAGCCACCUGAUCCUGCUGCUCCAGCCUCGGCCCUCAGUCCAACCCCAGCCCCUUCUCCAGCUCUGGACACAGCACCAUCGUCCACCGUGAGUGCCAGCGUUGUUCCUAAGACUUCUGCAGGCACCACUGAUCCCGAAGAGGCUAGGAGGCUGCUGGCUGAGAAGAGGCGCCUGGCCAGAGAGCAAAGGGAGAAGAAGGAGAGGGAGAGGAAGGACAAGGAGGAGCUGGAGAGACAAAAGAUAGAGGAGUUGUCUGGAAGGGUGGCUGAGGAGGGAAGUCAUCAGGAAGAAGAAGCCUGCAGGCUGGAAGCAGAGCAGGAGCCAGAGAAGGAGGAGCUGGUGCUGCUGCUGGCAGAGGAGGAGCGGGAACAGUCGGAGAGGGAGGAGGUGGAGCGCCUGCAGAAGCAGAAGAGGAAGCCCAAGUCCGGGAGGAGGCAGAGAGGGAUCUGCAGGAAUGGGAGAAGCAUUUCCAGAAAGAAGAGCAGGUGUGCCUGUAGAGGAAGAAGAAAACCACUGAGCAAAGAAAUGGUGACAUAG